GCGCAGCCAUCUUGAGCCCGAAGCAAGCUACGGACGCAGAAAGGCAGAAAAAAAGGAAUAAAAUAGAGCAAUCUGACCUAACGAAACCGGGAUAUGUCCGCAGGAACCAAGUAUAUAUGAAAGGAUAAAGGUCGAAGAGGCAGGAACGAGCAGGGGACAGUAACAGAGACGCUGAAACAGCCAAGUGCCUCGAGCACCCGGACCUUACUAGUCAUCUCUUUUGACCGGAGAAGGAAGGAAGAGCCGAGUCGCCGACAGAAAAACACAUCCAGAAACCAUGAACCCCGAAUAUGACUACUUGUUCAAGCUCCUGCUCAUUGGAGACUCUGGAGUAGGAAAGUCCUGUCUUCUGCUACGCUUUGCUGAUGACACCUACACUGAGAGUUACAUCAGCACCAUCGGGGUGGACUUUAAGAUCCGCACCAUCGAGUUGGAUGGCAAGACCAUCAAACUGCAGAUUUGGGACACUGCAGGUCAAGAAAGGUUUCGGACCAUCACUUCCAGCUACUACCGUGGAGCCCACGGCAUCAUAGUUGUUUAUGACGUGACAGAUCAGGAGUCGUACAACAAUGUUAAGCAGUGGCUCCAGGAAAUCGACCGCUACGCCAGCGAAAAUGUGAACAAGCUUCUGGUGGGCAACAAGUGUGACCUGACCACGAAGAAAGUAGUGGACUACACAACAGCCAAGGAAUUUGCUGACUCUUUGGCCAUCCCCUUCCUGGAAACGAGUGCUAAGAAUGCCACCAAUGUAGAGCAGGCUUUCAUGACCAUGGCUGCUGAGAUCAAGAAGCGCAUGGGCCCUGGGGCCACAGCUGGUGGUGACAAGCCUAACUUAAAAAUUGAGAGCACCCCUGUCAGGCAGUCUGGAGGUGGCUGCUGUUAAAGGACCCCUCACUCUCGCUGUCCCAACCAUCACGUCCACCAUCUUCCCCUUCUGUGUUCCCUCUCAUCAUCUCUGUCACUUGCACACCCCACCAGUCCUCCAUAACACCCGGUAACCCGCACCCAACUCACUGACUCCCCCUCUGUUUGCCUGCCUGGUGAUCCAGCUAUGGUUGGCCAAGCAGAGGAGUAAACUGUUAGAGUGUUAAGAACUCUGCAAGGGUUAAUUCAGGCUUGUACACCCACCAAACAGCGGAAAGUGGGAAAGCAACUAGUCUGUGAGGGGGGGGACAGAAUUGGCCACCAUGGCUACUGUUACUUUUAGCCAAGAGGACAGAUACGGGGAAGAUUGGUGUUGGAGGUAGUGGAAGAUAAGGUUAUGAUCAGUGCAGUGAGCUUAUCUACACACACACACACACACACACACACACACACACACACACACACACACACACACACACCUGCGUCACACACUGUAAAUACUACAUACACUGUUGGAAAUGUUACUAAACAGCAGCAGCCUGCUAAUAGAUUUUCAUCACAGCAAUUUAUUGACGAAGAUCCAGGGAAAGCCCCUUCACUGAGCCUCCUCUUCCUCCAUCUGUCCUCUUCCUCAGCAAGCAAAGGGGAUUUCUCCUUACUGUAUGUCAUUCACAUGAAUUGGAGCCCAAACAGUUAGCUUAUGUAAAAACAGUAGUGAUGUAAGCUGUAAGCUAGCCAGAAAUCGAUGCACCGGGUGUGUUUGUGUUCAGGUCAGCCUCUGACUGAUCUCAGAACUCAGCAGGAACUCCAGUGUUUAGUCUCUCUCCUUGCUGCUGUUUCUGUAUGUUUUGCAGUAGAUUCAUAAAGCCACAGGGCAACCUGAAUAUUUUGCUCAAGUUGAAACAUUUUCUACUGGCGCGGAUGUGUCUUUGCUCAGUUUGUGCCACCCCUGAUGAAUUUGCAUAUAUUUACGCCGACUAAAGUCUUUCUGUUAAUUUUGUAUGCAAUGACACAACUGUUGAAGUUCACCUUGCGUUCUUGCUGAACACACCUUUGUGGUCUCUAAAUGCUUCAAACAAACUAGGAGGUACUGUAUACAGAGUAUAGAUGCAUUUGCUUGAAGAAAGAAAACAACAUAUCUUGUUUUUAUGACCCCUUACAUCUAGCCAAUUGCUGCAUAAAGUAUGAAUCAUUAUCUUUAAUAAAUUUUAAAAAAUGUUCAGGUGCAGCUCCUCAGUUCUACCAUAAGCAUUCUGAAGCCUCUCAUGACUGCUGACAUCAGAAAGAGGCAAGGCAAAAUUAAUUUUGCAUUCUCUGAAACUGGUUAGUGUAAUGACUGCUUGUGGGACUGGAUGGCAAGUCACUGGAACCGGUUAGCUCACAUCUAACCAGUUACUGUUAGCAAGCCAGCUAGCUUCGCCACUAGUUAACACCGUUUUCUCAAGAGAUGACAACCACUGUAGCAUGUACUUUUGGAUGGUACAGUAUAGCUAAUAUCAUACGAUAUGAUACACUUUGGACUUUCCCUCUCUUUUUCUCUCAUAAGGCAGAGCUCCAAAGAUUAGAUGUGAUUGGUUGAUGUCAAAAAUCACUCCAAACUUAAAUUUAGGAAUAUUUUUAUGCAGGUUCAUCAGGUUUAAUUUCCAACAGUUCGAUCAAAAUUUGUUGAUUUUGGCUCAUAAUGUUACUGUCAUAAAUGCAGAUUUGACUGGGCCUCUUGUCUUAAACAAUAAUGAGAUCACAUACAGACAAUUUGUAAUUAGUUCUGACAGAAGCAUUAACAGAGAGAUUCUUAAACCAAACUCCUGGCUCAAUACUUGAGAUAGAAGAGGAGCAGCAAGCUCAGUUGCUUAUACAUGUAGACAUCAUAGCUGCGAAGGAGGAAGUGGAGGUACAACUGCAAUAUAUGCUGUUAGUGUUUCUUCAAAAGAUGAAUUUCAUAUGUAAAGGAAUCGAUGUGACAAAAUGCUGUAACAUUUAGCACCAUGACUUCCUCUAAUGACACUAAACAUUAUAAUCCAAGGGCAGAUAACACUGCACACAGAUGAUGAGGCAUGACGGAAUGAGGGGGAGUGACUCUGACGGAACAAAUUUGAAAUAUUCUGCAAUGAUCUUGCAAUUACUGUUUUAUUGUUGUGCUUUUAUUUUUUUUAUUUUCUCAUUGAUGAUUGAGACAGAGAUGACUUGUGCAGUUAACUUAAACUCAUGUUCAGUACGUGACAGGUGGGUUUUAGAAUGUCAUGUUCUGUUCAUGCUUGUUUGCAGAUGAAGCUGAGGUCGAGAUUUGGUCUCGGUGUGUCUGUUGGCUGUGGGGAUGGGGUCUAGCAAAAGCUGCUGUUCCUUCCCUCAGAUCAGCCUGCUUCUCAAACAUAGUCUUUUUUGGACACAUGAUUCUCACAUGUAUUUCUUUCCUGUCCCUGUGCAUUUCUGGCUCCUUAUGAGAUGCCUUAGUGCUCCAUUUUGUGACACGUGUGUCAUCCUUCUAUUAACAGUUCAGUUUUUUACAGUAUUUACUAAAGUGUCAGUAUACAGAUAUAUCUGCAUUAUUCAGGACAGGUCCAUAAUCCUGUGGACAUGGACACUGAUGAUUGAGCUCCAAACCUUUGAAAAUUCUAGACUGUGAUACCAUAAGUUUUGUACAGAUACCAUGUAAGAAACCAUAACACUUGCAAAAUCAUUAGCACAUGAAAAGUUUUCAUCUGUCCUUGUGCUGGCCUUUUUAUGGAAUGUUCAGCUGCAUUUGUUUUGCUGUCAGUCAUCAAAGAACAUCGUUAAAGACAGAAAAGGGUUACUAUCUUUGUUCAACAUGUACCACCAAAGAAUAGCACUUCAGUCAGGUAACAACAACUGAGCCCACUCCAUCUGCUCAUAAAGACUGUGACUAGUGUGUUAACGCUCUGGUAAAGGCUAGUAAAUGCCCCUUAAGUUUAAGAUAUAUUUGUCAGCUGAUAACGGUUGGUGUUGUUACUGUAUCUGAUAUCACCUUGUUGGUGUUGUUCCUCAAACAUUAUAAUCAGUAAUGCUCCAGGAUAGGGAUGUUGCAGUACAUAGAUAGUGAUGAUCAUAAUUAUAUUUAAACAGUAAAUAUUUUAUAUAUUACCCUGGUGCCAACUGCCAUAAAACAGAAAAGAGAAGAAGAAAGCACAGAAACUAGCAAGCUGAUAGCAGCAUGUGUGACCAUGGUGGAGGAGACGACAGGCUGUGCCGAUAUAGUGAACUCUUUUGGCUACAAUAAUGGUGUUGUGAAAAUCUGAUGUUGCGACAUCCCUGCCCCAGCUUCAACUUGCUAAACAGUGAUGAAGUCUGGGGUAAUUCUUGUGGUUGACUAGUUUGAGUAUAGGACUUAGGAGACCAGGAUUUGUUUUACGCCAUGUGUUAUUGUACUGUUUAUUUGUACACAAUUUUCACUUCAUAUUUUCUGCCUUUAUAGUUCAGUUGCUGUUUGGUUAUGUUUAGGGAACUAAAAUACUUUGCAAUCCAGGAGAGAAAGGACAGGAAAAAAAACUUAAGACGGUAUACACAUGUGAUUGGUCUCCUCAGUGAUGGUCCUAGACCAAUAUUAAUUAUGAUAUUCCAGAAACAACACAAACACACAGCAGUAUCAGACUGUGCAUGUAGUAACAGUGAAAUCAGGGGUAAAUAUGAAGCUCUGGCCUUUUGAUUCUCAACGCUGUGUUAGGUCCCAGUUGUAUUUCCAGGGUAAUUUGAAAAUGUAAGAAAAAGAGCAUCCCCCUGCCUUAAAGAGAGAACCCUCCACUGUUGUGCAAAUCAGUGAGAACUCAUCAAUCUGAGCUGCAUCUUUUUACCCUAUUUCACAAAGAAUUGGAAAAAUUGGUGAUGUUGCUGUAUAAGUCUAGUCCCACUUUAAAGGUUUAACUUGCUGUACUAGGGAAUUAAUAGGCCUUUUAAGAUGUCACUCUUAUUUUUCUUGGUAAUUUUUGAUGUUGUUGUGAUUGCUUAUGUUGUGUUUGGGGACAUCUAGAGGUUAAGGGACUGACUGGUCUAGGUUUGCUGACCGGAUAUGAACUCCCAACUCUCCCCUCCAGCCAACUAUUUCACUGCAGCUUAAUGAAUUCCUCAAGAUCCUCCCUGGCCGACCUCUCCACUCAGCUAAAAGAAUCUCACCCAGCCUUUGGUCACACCCCUGGCUGUGUCUGCAUGAAAAACUGUCAGCAUUUCAGGUACAACAAUGCCUUAGGCUCUGGUGAGGCAUCAUAAAGAACAUGCAGCUGCAAAAGUGCAAUUUCAGCUCUUGGAAAGUGAAUAUAGAUGAGUCCACAUUAUGUUGAGAACAAUAGCCCACAUCACUGAAAGCUUCAACCCUGGAGUGAUCAGAGGGGCAGGGUCAUGUGUAACAUUCCUGAGCCUUUUGGACAUAUGUUGGCAUCCCGGCAUCACGCCAGUCUCACUUGAGUAGAUGCAGAAUAAGCAAUCAUCGGAAACUAAACUCAGAAAUGACACACAAACACAUAUACUGGAUGUUUUGCGGUUUGAUGACUGAUUUCCUUUUUAUAAUCUUUCUUUCAAAAAGUCUUGAUAAUCUACUGAUUUAAUGUGUUCAUUGAAUACUAUACUGUGUUGUCUAGUCCAUGGAAGUAUGAGAGGACACUGGGUUGGGUGGGGACUGUGAUGUUGGGCUAAACAGAUGCAGGGUGGGGCUUUUUGCUUAUGAAUGUUAUUCUGGUGAAACAACACUUGACUUUUCUUCUUCAGUUCACUUUUUUUUAUUCAUUUGGGUUAAAGGGGGUAUUUUCCAUGUCAUUUGCACACAUGUUCAUUGCUGUUCAAUGGCUUAAUAAAGGCACUCACUAGGUGUUGUUUGUUAAUAAAAAGCACCGGGCAGGAGUUUGCCUGUCAGUCACCUUUUUUCUGUUUGGCUUGUUCACUUUGGUGCUGUUUCCCUGCUGAGUUUGAUCAUGUUUUUUUUCUGUACAUACUAUAAAUAUAUAUAUAAUAAAAUGAUGAAAAAGAUCAACAUCAA